UCCGCGGCCGGAGGGAAAGCUGGGGACCAGGAGCCAUCCCGCACCAGCUUCCUCUCUUGGCGCCCGCGCCCCUCAGAGGGAACAGCGCCCGGCCUUGGAGGGGGCACCCCGCGGGCGCAAGGGGCGGCGGCGCUGACAGCCUCAGUCUCCGCCAGUGGGGUGCAGAGCUGGCGCCGGAGGGGACUCCCUGGACACCUGCAGGUACCGCCGCGCGGAGGAAGUGUCUCUAGGAGCGACGCUGGGCUGCCGAGGAGGCUAGAGCCUAGGGAUCCCCGGGCCAGAGAAGGGCAGAAUCGGAGCUCGGAGGCAGAGUGGGCCAGACAGCCCGCGGGCCCCGACGGUGCGCUCCGGGAUCGGCCAACAUCGGGCAGAUCCUGCUGGGCUAGGGGGCCGUGGCGCCUUCGGGCCUCGGGGCCGCAGGGCCUCGGGGCGGUCAACCAUGACCUUCGGGCGCAGCGGGGCGGCCUCGGUGGUACUGAAUGUGGGCGGCGCCCGGUACUCCCUGUCCCGGGAGCUGCUGAAGGACUUCCCGCUGCGCCGUGUGAGCCGGCUGCACGGCUGCCGCUCGGAGCGCGAUGUGCUCGAGGUGUGCGACGACUACGACCGCGAGCGCAACGAGUACUUCUUCGACCGGCACUCGGAGGCCUUCGGCUUCAUCCUACUCUACGUGCGCGGCCACGGCAAGCUGCGCUUCGCGCCGCGAAUGUGCGAGCUCUCCUUCUACAACGAGAUGAUCUACUGGGGCCUGGAGGGCGCACACCUCGAGUACUGCUGCCAGCGCCGCCUCGACGACCGCAUGUCCGACACCUACACCUUCUACUCCGCAGACGAGCCGGGCCGCGACGAGGCGCGACCCGGCGGUGCGGAGGCAGCCCCCACCAGGCGUUGGUUGGAGCGCAUGCGGCGCACCUUCGAGGAGCCCACGUCGUCGCUGGCCGCGCAGAUCCUGGCCAGCGUGUCGGUGGUGUUUGUGAUCGUGUCCAUGGUGGUGUUGUGCGCUAGCACACUGCCAGACUGGCGCGCCGCAGCAGCCGACAACCGCAGCCUGGAUGACCGGAGCAGGUACUCCGCCAUCCCUGGGAGGGAACCCUCCGGGAUAAUUGAAGCCAUCUGCAUAGGUUGGUUCACUGCAGAGUGCAUCGUGAGGUUCAUCGUCUCCAAAAACAAGUGUGAGUUCGUCAAGAGACCCCUGAACAUCAUUGACUUGCUGGCAAUCACGCCGUAUUACAUCUCCGUGUUAAUGACAGUAUUUACGGGCGAGAACUCCCAGCUCCAGAGGGCUGGAGUCACCUUGAGGGUGCUUAGAAUGAUGCGGAUUUUUUGGGUGAUUAAGCUUGCCCGUCACUUCAUUGGUCUUCAGACACUUGGUUUGACUCUCAAACGAUGUUACCGAGAGAUGGUUAUGUUACUUGUCUUCAUUUGUGUUGCCAUGGCAAUCUUUAGUGCACUUUCUCAGCUUCUUGAACAUGGGUUGGACCUGGAAGCAUCCAACAAGGACUUCGCCAGCAUCCCUGCUGCCUGCUGGUGGGUGAUUAUCUCUAUGACUACAGUUGGCUAUGGAGAUAUGUAUCCUAUCACAAUGCCUGGAAGAAUUCUUGGAGGAGUUUGUGUUGUCAGUGGAAUUGUUCUGUUGGCAUUACCUAUCACUUUCAUCUACCACAGCUUUGUGCAGUGUUACCAUGAGCUCAAGUUUAGAUCAGCUAGGUACAGUAGGAGCCUCUCCACCGAGUUCCUAAAUUAAUGCAUUGCAAAUCAAGUCUUGCAUAUACUUUGUUUGGUAGAAAGAGCUGAUGCUCCUUCACAUUGAUGUGUUUCUUGCUCGGCAGGCACUGCAGCGUGGAACUGUUAUCUCGGUGGGGUAAAAACUAUCCUUCCCAGCUGAAGGGGUAAAACAGUUUACUUAUUAUGGAGUAAAUAGGAGUGAGACUGCAAAGGAGAAGUAAUAAUCUCUAGAGUUAAUUUUAGGAUCUUAUUUUAUUUAGGCUUGUCUCCUUCUUGCCUUGAACAAUGACUCUUUUUUUGUUUUCAAGUAUAUUAUUUGAACAUUUUAAAAUGGAAAGCUACUAUUUUCCAAAUGUUUUUCCAUCUUAUGAAUUCAGAAGAAGCUUGGAAGUUAUGGUGUUUUUUGUUGGAGAGUAACAUUU